AUGGACCUGAAAGAUACCAAACCCUUUUCGAAUGUUAAGCAGGAACCUACAGAUGUGAAAGAACCCAAAGUAGAAGAGAAACCUGCUCAAGAUGCAGCUACUCCACAAAAUCAACAAAAGUUUUUGGAUUUCCAACUUUCCUGGUGUCCUAAAAAUGAAAGAAAAACUACAAACCACCAUUUAUUAAAAUUCCAUUCCAAUAAAACCAUUGAUCCUCUGAAAACAUUCGUGCCACCCAUCAAGAUGCAAAGAAGAGAUCCCCAUGCCUCUUCUUCAUCAAACAAUGAACAGCAAUCUGCCGAGCCUGGUACUUCUAGUAACAUGGAUGCAUCUUCUAUUGCUCCUUACGGAGGAGCUCAAAACAUGAAGCAGAAUGCUUUCAAACGAAAGACCCGCCAAGUUGUCAAGGUGGAUCCACAAGUCCGCAGACUUCAAGAGGAAGAAUUGUCGCCGUGGAUUAUGGAAGACUUUGAAGGAAAAAACACAUGGGUUAGCACUAUGGAGGGAGGUCAAUCCUCUGCUUAUGUCUUAUUUAUGUUUUCUGAGAAUGGAUUUAAGGUCAUUCCAGCUGAUCGUUUCUAUCGGUUCAAUCAGCGUAGUAACUUUCAGACCCUCUCUAUAGAUGAAGCAGAGGCCAAGAUGAACAAAAAGACACCCAUUCCUCGCUGGUUUAUGAAAAAGGAUAAUAAUGAAGAAGGGGGGUCUUCGGAGGGCGCUGCUUCGCCUAUGUAUCAUCUCAAAACUGUUCCGAAUGCUCGUACCGUUUCUGGUCCUAGGACAACGGGAAGUGAUGAUGAAUUAGAUUUUGAUGAAGAGUUUGCAGACGACGAAGAGGCACCCAUUGUCGAAGGAAACGAGGAGGAUAAUAAACAAUUGGAAGAGAAAAUGAAGAAAGAAAUGCUUACUGCCAAUCUAUUCGGUGAGGCUGAAGAGCCUAACUUCGAAGAGGAACAAGAGCGCCAGAUAUCUCACGAAGGCAAAAAGCUUCAACGUUAUCUCAAAUUACUCGAGAAAAAUUUGGCGUAUGAAAGUGAUGAAGAAGAUGAGAAUCCCUAUGCUUCACCCAAUGAGGCUAGUAGUGAAGAAGAGGUACUUAAAGAAGAAGAAGAGUUACAGAAGCGUGAAGAAAAGGUUAAAUCUCGUUUUUCAGCUUCCAAAGCUACUACACCCAAACCCACUGGUACCCCGAGUGCCAACUUGAGCCCUCAACAUCCAGUUUCCCAACUCAGUUCGCCUUCGCAAUCGUUUGUACAAUCUAAACCUUCAGAGCCUAUUGUUAAAGGUCCCGGAUAUGUUGUUUUUCGAAUCUCGAGCGAAAAGCUCUCCCAGUUUGCUUCUGACUUUCCUCCUCUUCAUCCUAAAAUUGUUGCUACUCCUUCGUCGGAAGCGAUUGUUGGAGCGGACGGGGGAGCUAAUGUUAAUACGGACGAUUCUAAUCUUAUUACUGAUGCUGAAGUCAUACAAGCUCUCAAGAGUGGACCUAUCACUAUUAAAGAUUUGAUUCAUCUAUUUCACGCCAAAUUCAAGGCAGACACCAGAAAUCGUACGGUCAUUCAGAAAGUUAUUCGAAAAGUUGCCAGAUUUGAAAACAAAUUGUUGGUUUUGAAAUGA